AUAUCUAUUUAUCCAUCUGUCCGUUCAUUCAUCCAUCUACCCUUCCUCUCUUUCUUUUCAACCAUGCAUUUGUCAUUCUCUCUUUCUUUUUUUUUCUCUCUCUCCCUUUUAUGAAUAUAUUAUAUAUUAAAACCAAACUGACUGUAAAACAUUCAUUUGAACGCAACAAAUUGAAGAUGAUAGGCGCUGAAAAUAAUUUUUGAAUUUUUUUUCAAAAUUAUACUUAAAGAAUUUUAAAAACAUAAUUGAUUAAUUAUAAUAUUAUUAUAAAAUAAUAGAAUAAAUGAUGAUAAUAAUAAUUAAUCAAUAAUUGAUGAUGAUGAAAAAAUUCAGAGUGUUUGUUUGUUUGGUGCUACUCCUGGUUUCAGCCUCACUCUCCCGUAUCAAGGGACCUAAAAGACAGCGGUCGGUCACCCCGUGUUUUUUGUUUCGCUCCAACGAUACAAUUGCCCUAACCCAAGGACUCAGUUCAUAUGUGGAAAUCGGAGAGAUAAACGUGGGGGAUGAUUUUAGCCUGUACAUGGAGGUCCUUCCGAGUCCCAUGAAUCACAACGGCAUUCUGCUGUCCGUCGGCUCAAAAACUAACUUCGGAUACUACUCGUGGAAGACCGAAGCGGUCACUGUUCAGUUUCUCGUGGUCGAGUUCAUUUUCUCUGCACUUGCUCUGACGGUGAAGGCCCUUAACACGGAGCACUUGCAACAGAUUGAGAUUUACAAGACAUCUCCAGUGCCGUAUAAGAUUGAUGACGCCAGAUGGCACACCAUAAAGGUGAACCAAAACAGAAGCCACUGGAUCGUUCAGUUGGACAACUUGCGUGUCGAGAGAUUAAUCACCAAUACAACGAACGUCGUCCUCUACCAACAGCCUGCCUUCAUUGGAGGAAGACCGCAAUACAUAGACCACCAGUUCCAAGGCAUCAUCAAAAACGUGAAAAUAAACGGUCGUGCCAUCCAGGGAAAGGACACAACGAAGGUGUACGUGAACAAGUUGAACUGCUCCAGCUUGGAAGUCUCGCACUUCACCACCUGGAUCAAAACUCUCAAAUCACAAAACCAGUACGACAAAAAGUUACCAACUUCACACGCCAUCUAGUUGACAAAUUUGAAAUGAACUUUUAACAUGACUUGUUGGAUUAUGUUUUAAGAUAUUUUGCUUUUCACUAUUAAUUAACGUUUCAAGAACCUUUCUAUCGCUUGAAACUGUCAGACGAUAACUACGUACUGCUUACAUUAACGCUGGCUAGUUAGCUAGAUCACUUUUUACUGAUGACAUGGCCAGUGUCUGACAUACGUAUUUUAUUUGCAAAGUGCCUUAACCGAGCAAACAUUUUAUUUGAUGAACCGCUUAAUCUUGUGGUAUGUGACUAAGUUUCUGAAUAAACGUUACUUUGCUUUUCAAUAUUGAAACUAUUGAGAUAUUAUAAUUUAUGCCACAAUGAUUUGCACAAACACACACACACACACAACACCGUAUUAUCAAAUGCAUAUUUAAACGAACAUACACGAAUUUAAUACCAACAUUUUCAAUUAACUGAUUUAAAGUAAAAAAAAGGAUGGC